CUGGUCCCAUAUAGUAACAGAAUAUUUCUUUCUAUUGAAAGCAGGUACCUUGGCUGGAAUCUCAAUCCUGAAACGAUCAGAUGAAGUCUUGGUUCAUAUCCUGCAUUCUGGUUACUGAAUGGCUGCUCCCUACCUCAGGAGAGGAUUGUCCCAGUCCUCCUCCAGUCAACAAUAGCAUUCUUGUAGGAACAUGUAUGGAAGGAAAUUUUCUGGGAACUUACAUCUGUAUCACGGGAUACCACCUGGUAGGGAAGAAAGAACUACUCUAUAAUAAUACCUCCUUGGAGUGGGACUCUCCAGCACCCAUAUGCCGCUUGGGUCACUGUCCUAUUCCUGUGCUGGUUAAUGGUCAGAUGAAUUCCUCAAACCUGGAGCAUUUUUCUGACGGGGAUGUGGUCACUUUUGAAUGUGAUACCGAUUAUAUCCUGAAGGGCAGCAAUUGGAGCCAGUGCCAGGAGGACCAUACCUGGAUACCUCCCCUUCCCAUCUGUAGGACAGGACAAUGUACACCUCCCAGGAAGCCAGAGAAUGGCCAUUUUAAAACAAAAGGCUUCAAUUCAGGGACAAAUGUUACUUUCUAUUGUGAUGAUGGGUACCAGUUAAUAGGGCCCCAGAGCUUGCAAUGCAUGGAUGGAGAAUGGAGUCAUGAAUCCCCCAUUUGUGAAAAGAUGGAAGCCAAGAAGGAAGAGUCAUGUGUAUUUCAGGAAAACAACAUUUGUGAAACUGUGCAAAAAUGGAUUCAGUACCAGAAAGCCAGUGGACAGACUCUAGAGGAACUGAAAUAUUCCCUGGAAAUCAAAAAACUUCAGCUGGAGAAAAUAAAGUUUUCAUGAGUACAGAAUCAAAGUGGAGAAGCCUUGGUUUGAAUAAACUUUCUUUUUGAUUCUGAAA